CGCGCCGUGACGUGGUUACCGCUUCCGCCCCACGACAGAAAGAGAGCGGGGAAAUUUGACAGUCACCGACAAAAAAUACUUUAGUUUCGACCUGUUUUAUACUUGAUUGCAAAACGGUUCAGGUCGAAAAGUUUUAUCCAUCGAAGUGUUUUCAUGUCAACCCGCCGUCCGAGCUAAACAUGAGAACUUUAGAGGAGGUGCAGGCCACGCUGCAGAUCGCCAAACUGAAAGAGGAGGAUCUACAGAAGACGGUCCACUGUCUGUCUUUUGGGGAAAAUGUUUCCUCUGCAGAUUACUGCCUGGUGGAGCUGGACGACACACUGUGCAAACACAUAGAAGCUGGCCAAAGUCUAGUGAUUCGGGGGGACAAAGAUGAGCAUGCAGUGCUCUGCAGUGGUGACCAGACCUAUGAUCUUAAAAUAGCCGACACCUCCAACCUGCUGCUGUUUGUACCAGGAUGCAAAACGCCAGACCAACUCACCUACAGCCAGGACAGCUGUCAAGUGGUGCACACUCCGAUCUGGGGAUUUUGUAACAGCUACUGGGAACUGAGGAAGCGGCGUCCUAAACUUAAGAAACUGACAAAGCUUUUAAUGGAGAAUCCCUAUGAAGGACCUGCUGUGGGGGGGCAGGUGGAGAACACAGAGAACAUGUACACAAUGCCGGAUCUGUUGGAGAGGAUCCAGGCCAGUGAAGAAGAGAUAAAGAUCCACUUAGAGACAAUCCAUGCCUGUCAGAUAGAUGGUUACUGGCGCGUGCUGGACUUUGACUAUGAGAUGAAGCUGCUCGGUCAUGUGACUCAGCUGGUGGAUUCUGAGUCAUGGUCCUUCAACAAGGUUUCCCUUCAAACCAGUCUGGAAGAGUUAGCCCCACUGGAGCCCAAAGAGAUGAUCGAGCAUUGUUUGAACUGCUAUGGGAAACGUUACACUGAAAACGACAAAGUAUUUUAUGCAUUGCAUGAGGAUAAAGUCUGUCGGGGCAUAGCACUAAUGCUGCUGCAGAACGCUGUCAAGUUCAACCUGAGGGAGUUUCAGGAGGUCUGGCAGCAGAGUGUCCCAGAGGGCAUGAGCACAAGACUGGACCAGCUAAAGAGUGUUGCCCUGGUUGACCGCAUGUCCCGUCCAGAGACCAUCUGCCUGCUGCGGGUGGAGGAUCUUUCAGAGGACACCCUGGAGCGCUUCAAUCACCUCUUCACACUCAGAGAGAAAUGGACUGAAGAGGACAUCACGCCUUACAUACAAGACCUGUGUGGAGAGAAACAGACUACUGGAGCCCUCCUGACCAAAUAUGCUCGAUCCUCAACGCAAAACGGGAUAAAGGUCUUCAACUCCAGGAGGCCUUUGGCUACAUGAACAUGUUCACUCUCAAGCAGUGAAUUCUUAUUUGGAAAUGAAUGUGGUUUUCUUUAUUCCCAGCGUGAAUUUGACAUCUGUCAAGACUAUUUUACUCAUAAUUGUCCUCAUAGGCAUUUAUCACUCAACUAUCUUAAAGAGUUAUUACAAAUUAUCACUUCAAAUGUUUAAAGGUUUUUGUCACUAAAACCAAACUUGAUCUUUGUUGUUUCAGUUUUCAUUUUGUUUGUAAAAAAAAAUGACCCAGUUGUCUGGGUGGUGAUGAUAAAGUGUGUUUAAUAUUAUUACUGUGGUGGCUUCUUCGGUCUCCAGUUGCCUUUAACUAACUUUUUCAUUUCCAGCAUAGAACACAAUACACUUAGUUAGUUCUGGAGUUUGUCCACAAGGUGGUGACCUGCACUAAUAAAUGUAAGCCCCGCACACUGACAGGGAAGUACAAUGUGUGUACUGGUACUGGCUUACAACCAGCUUUGUUAUUCCACCUGCCUUGUCCUUCACUGCAUUCAUUGACCAUUAUCUAGCACAGAGAACAAGAAAUCAUUCCCCGAAUAAAGAGAAUGUUCUGAUUUA